GGACCUGAUCCGUCCUUUUCGGGGGAUAUCCAUUUCUCUCUCUCUCUCUCUCUCUAAAAGUCUGUACUUGGUUGCUUCACGUCUUCGCCAUGUCGAUUUGAGCACUCCUCCACGAAACAUUUCUUCUUCCUUCCUUCCUUCCACUAAUCCUAGAUAAGCGCAACUUGCAGAAAUUUAUUGGACAAAUGCAUUACAUUUUGAACUUGAUUAAAGGUAUAAUAAAGCUCAGAUGAGAACAGUGGCCAUGUGCUUGUCAAUUUUACCUAGAUGCAGAAUUCAUAGUUUUGCUAGUUCAUGUUUGGAAAAUUCCCAAAGACAUCAUCCUGGAAACAGGAUCAGUUUAAGAUUUCUUAGUUCCAAAACGCUGUCUAGCCUUGAAGGAGGAGAACAAAAGAGUAAGAAAUGGACCAGGAAAUCCAUUAUGACAAACACGGAAGGGUUAAAAGGGGACGGUGCAAGCAAAAGCAAAAUAAGCAAUAAUAUCAAGUACAACUUAUCAGUAGAAACAACUGAUGGGUUAAAUGUAGAGAAGUCGGAAACAAGAGAAUUGGAUAUAAUUCAGAAUUGUGAUGUACAACAGAAGAUGAUAGAGUCUGAAGAGUUGGCCAGGCUUGUUACUGUCAUUUCUUUUGAUCUUGAGACCUCUGGGUUAAACAGGUCGUGUGACUGUGUUAUUGAGAUGGCUAUGCAGGACCUUGCAGGUGGUAAAAAUAGUACUUUCCAGACGUUGGUAAAUCCUGAUUGUGUUAUAAAAAAUUCUGAAUUCCAUGGUAUUACAACUGAUAUGGUUAAUCAACCCCAUGUUCCGAGGAUGAAAGACCUAAUUCCUAUAUUACUUGCGUAUGUGAAAAGUCGACAGAAACCUGGGGGAAUUGUUCUGUUGGUUGCUCAUAAUGGUCGUAAUUUUGAUGUACCAUUCCUAAUUAAUGAAUUUAACCGUAACAACUUCGAUAUUCCUCAUGACUGGCAUUUCUUAGACACACUUCCUCUUGCCCGUGAAGUUAUGAAAUCAAAAGUAGCAGAAUUGAAGUCUGCAAAGAUUUCACUUUCACUUCAAUCCAUGAGGGAAUACUAUAAUAUCGCACCCAUUGGAUCAGCUCAUAGGGCUAUGUCAGACGUGAAUACAUUAUCACAGGUUUUUCAAAGGAUGACUUUUGAUCUGAAGCUGCCCACUUCUGGACUCAUUGAAAGAUCCUUCAGACAGUCUGAUUUGGUAAAAACAGCAAAGAAGACAUCUCAGGCUAGGCCGAAGAAAUGUUAGGACAUAUUAUAUGCUCCUAUCAUUGAUUUAGAACAUCAUUUAUUUAUUUAUACCAUCUCCAAAUCUUUCUCAACCUUCUUACAAAGCUUUUGAAUCAAUCUCAAGGGAGACAAUAAUAUAUUGUCUGGAAAGCAUGAAUCUUUUUUUGUUGUGCUGCUAACUUGAUUUGUAUACCAACUUUCCAGGAAUCAAAUAUUAGGAUGUCCAUACUCCAUAUACUUUUAUACUCCACUCUAAGCAAUGAUAACAUUUUAUUGAUUCAA